AUGAACGGUUUUACUGAACAGUUAGUUGUGAAAAACCAAACACAAUCUUCUGCGUUGGAUAUGCUGGGUGUUGCAACCAGCAAUCAAACGAACCAAGUUAUUAAGUUGCUUGAAGAAGAAUCAGACGAAAAAUACCCUAGUAUUGAACGUCGGGAAGAAUUGGCACAAUCUUUUAAAAUAAAUCAAAAGACUUUCAAUGAUGAAGAAGAUCAAGAAGAAAAGGGAUCCACGGAUAAAAUCGAUGAAUUCACUAUGAACAAGGGAAAUAAUGACAAGAUUAGUAACGGUGUUACCAGCAACGAUGAUGGUUAUAUUAACUUCGUGGAACGUAUAGAAGAAUUCAAGCCAAUUUCGUCAACUUAUCAGCGUCCGUGGGUCCUCCGUAGUGGUACAAACGUAGGAGAUAAAUUGACUAGUUACAUCAAGACGAUUCUUGAGGCCCAAAAAUGUUUGAACCUCGCAUAUUGGAAUAUACUUGAUUUGACCGAGAAUACCCAAAUGAAAUCUCUUUUCUCGACGAAUGACUGGGAGGAAAUGGUUGAAAGUUUCAAUAAUGAAGUUAAAUUGAUCGAAUCGGAUCUUCUUGAUGUG